UUUCUAGCACAACCUUUUCCUUUGUUUUAUAGAAGUGAGAAAAACAGAACAGUGAGACAGAGAGGAGAGAGAGUUUCAGACCAACCUCCUAGCUUCGUCAUUGUACCUUUCCAAAUUUGCCUUUGCCUUUUUCCUUGUUCCCAGCUCCUUCUUUUACAAAGGUUUGAUUUUUGGAUUUGUUGAAUGGUGAUAAUAGCUUCAAGGGAGUUGACCGGGUUCUUCUUCAGUUAAGAGGAUGGUUCUGUGAUUGGGUUCACUGAGAGGAGUGUGCUGAAGAUUAAGGGUGUGGUGAAGAUCAAUGGAUUGGAAGAGAUCUGCUUUGGAGUGCCAGAGAGUAAAGAUCUGUGGAUAAGUUCUGUUGGGAUUUUUGUUGAUCUGCAUAAUUCACACUUCAAGUGCCGUCACCGAUCCCACUGAUGUUGCUGCAAUUAAUAGCUUCUAUGUUGCACUGGGAUCCCCUGUCCUUCCUGGGUGGGUUGCUAGUGGAGGAGAUCCAUGUGGAGAAGGGUGGCAAGGCAUUUCUUGUAAUGGGUCAUUCAUACAAAAAAUAGUUCUAAAUGGUGCAAAUUUGGGAGGAGAACUGGGAGAUAAACUGUCAACUUUUGUUUCAAUCUCAGUAAUUGAUCUAAGCAACAACAACAUUGGAGGAAAUAUUCCAUCUAGUUUGCCAGUUACCAUGAAAAACUUUUUUCUUUCAGCCAACCAGUUUACUGGAAGUAUUCCAACCUCUUUAUCCACUCUGGCUGGACUGACAGACAUGUCUCUUAACAACAAUUUCUUAACUGGAGAAUUACCGGAUGCUUUUCAGUCACUUACGCAAUUGAUCAAUCUUGAUUUAUCGCAUAAUAAUUUGAGUGGAGCAUUGCCUUCUUCUAUGGAUAACUUGUCAUCUCUGACCACCCUACGCUUACAAAACAAUCAAUUGUCUGGGACACUUGAUGUCUUACAAGACCUUCCUCUGAAAGAUUUGAAUAUUGAGAACAACCAGUUUGCUGGCCCAAUACCUCCAAAGUUGCUGAGCAUCCCAACCUUCAGGCAAGCUGGAAACCCAUUUAAUGUUAAUGGUACCCCUCCAGCUUCUUCACCUCGCUCCCCAGCACUAGCACCACCAGGAACUCCCAUUUCUGGGGCACCACCGGGAACUCCCACCUCUGGGUCACCACCAUCUUCUGGCCGUGUACCUACUAAACAGGCCGAUGGACCAGCUGCAGCAAAUGAAUCGCACACUGGGAAAUCCAAAAAUUCCACAAAAAGGGUGGUUUGGAUAUCUAUUGGUAGUGUGUUAGGAUUCAUUAUUUUGUUACUAGGAUUCAUUCUCUUUAUUCCAAGAUGCAGCAGAAGAGAACGGGAUGGCAGAAGGUCCAAGCAUCAAAUUGGUGCGUAUGGGGCUGAAAGGGAAAUGACCAGGGAUAACGGGAGUUCAGUCCAACCACCUAGUCAAAUGGAAAAAGGGGAUGUUCCAAGGCCAAAAGAGGACCAUCAGGCGGAGAAUAGGACAGCCUGGGCUAAUCCAAGGCAAAACGAAGCAAGAGAAUGAGUGCAAAGAAUGGCAACAAUACCAAAGGCCAGAGAUCAUGAGAUAGAUAUUAGUACACUAGAAGUAUAUUCAAUGCCUCCUCCCCCUCACACCCCGCCACCUCCUCCCCCCCCACCUCCACCUCCUACUACUGAGAAGGUGACUGUUGAGCCAGCCACAUCCCGCAGAGCAACUAACGUCACUACGCACAAAAAGAGUGCAGUUCCUCCUACUUUUGCGAAGUUUUUUGGUAUUGCAUCCCUUCAACAGUAUACAAAUAGCUUUUCUCAAGAAAAUCUUAUAGGAGGAGGCAUGCUUGGUAAUGUGUAUAGAGCCGAGCUUCCUAAUGGCAAGUUUCUUGCUGUAAAGAAACUGGACAAGAGAGCUCGGAGAAACCAGAAGGAUGAUGAAUUUCUUGAAUUGAUCAAUAGUAUUGACAGAAUAAGGCAUGCAAAUGUUGUUGAGCUUGUUGGAUACUGUUCUGAGCGUCAGAGGCUUCUUAUAUUUGAGUACUGCAGUAAUGGGUCACUGUAUGAUGCACUCCACUCAGACGAUGACUUCAAAACCACACUCUCAUGGAUUACUAGAAUUCGAAUAGCUCUUGGGGCAGCCAGAGCCUUAGAAUAUCUGCAUGAGCUAUGUCAGCCACCUGUAGUACAUAGAAAUUUGAAGUCUGCCAAUAUUCUGCUUGAUGAUGAUCUAUCCGUGCGGGUCUCUGAUUGUGGUUUAGCUCCAUUAAUAGCUUCAGGAUCAGUCAGUCAGCUCUCGGGGAACCUGUUAACUGCUUAUGGAUAUGGAGCUCCUGAAUUUGAGUCUGGAAUAUACACAUACCAAAGUGAUGUGUACAGCUUUGGAGUGAUCAUGUUAGAACUUUUGACUGGCCGUCAGUCUCACGACAGGACACGUCCCCGGGGUGAGCAGUUUCUGGCCAGAUGGGCAGUUCCCCAACUUCAUGAUAUUGAAGCCUUAUCGAACAUGGUUGACCCUGCUUUGAAUGGAAAUUACCCAGCAAAAUCAUUGUCAAAUUUUGCAGACAUUAUCUCUAGAUGCCUUCAGUUGAGCCAGAAUUUAGGCGCAGCAAUGUCCGAGGUUGUCUUAUACUUACUAAAUUAUGAUAAGAAGAGUUCAGCUAGUGAAUCAAAUGAAAAAUGAGAAUGGUGAUGAAUUUGUUUUGUGAAUUUACUCCUAAUGUUCACGAAUCACUUGAUGAGUUUCAACUAGUAGAGAUUUCAUGUCAUGGGAGCCCAAUUAGUUGUCUCCAUGCUUCAUUAUUUCCUACUAACCUAUUCACAUCAAUGGAAGUUCUAAGGAGUUUUUGUCCUAUCAACAUAAGAAAUUGAAUUGUUGUGAUCAACACUUGUGUCUGUAGCCCCAUCGUAUUCAUUAAUUUCAUAGUUGAUUAGACUAUGCCAUGUUAGUAUUGUAGAGGUGUGCUAACUAACCCAUUUGUUUUGAUAAUUGUUUCCAAAUUCUUGAAGUGAUGUAAUUUCGUGAUGGCUCCAUUGCUGUUUUAGGUUUAUCCUUCACAAUAAAAAUUUGCAUCAUCUGUACCAAUCAUAGAUAGGCUUGUAACAUUGAUAUUUAUUGUUUUUUGUUACAUUCAAAAAUUAUAUCUAUUGUUU